AUGGCUACUCCACCAAUGCCAGAUAUUCUUCCGGUCCCUGCUCAAGUCGAGACCUCAAACUCAGGUGGCGAUCCACCAGCCCCUCCAUCUCACCCCGUUCAUCCGCCGUUUGGCUCCCCCCCUGGCUGGCCCCCUUUGCAUUUCAAAUCCGUGAGACCUGGAGCCUGGAUGCUUAAUUACACACCAGUUGGAUCUCCGUUGGUGACUUACGAUGGCACGAUCCGUGUCGAAACCAUUGCUGACGGCCGGAGAGCGAGUGGAGACCUCUACCAACGGCCAACAAUCAGGGUCCCGUCUCCAUUUCCUCCCUCCUCUAGUGGCCCCGGAACAACUAUUAUGCUCCCGCCCCCCAACCCUGCAAAUGGCAUUCCCAUCCAAGCAAUCAGCAAAUAUCGCUACUAUAUUCGUGUUACCAAAAUUCUUGAAAACGUAACGAUUGAGAACUCAUUUGAACUUGGACUUCAGAUGUUUCUAUUUACUCCGACCGCCAAUGGUGUCGGAACUUGGUCUCCUCCAUCAACAGCUCCCAUCAACUGCACUGCAACUAUGACAUGGAUGCCCGCGCCAGCCGGUUAUCCAUCCUCUAGUGACUAUCUGGAGGGUGACUUGAAGCAGGAUGUUGCCAAUGUAACCAUGGGCCGUCUGAAAAUGGGGUGGCUUUCCAAAUUCUUUCGGAAAGCCACAAUCGAGAUCGACACUGUAACGGGAUCAGAACCGCCUUUGGAUAGUGGAAAUGGCCACAACUGGCAAUCUGUUGGAGAGUCAAUCGGAUAUGAUCUCAAGGUCCUCUUCCCCAACGAACGAGAUGUCCCAGAGGCAAGUGGUGAGAGCUGGGCCGACAACGAAAUGCAUAAUGCAAUGAUUGUGCACCGCGAACCGACAACCCUUGACAUUGAGUGGCAUUACCAUAUCCUUGCCGUCCAUAAUAUUGAUUCUACUCCUCGAGGCAUCAUGUAUGAUUCUGGUGCGACGGAUUCAAACAGCGUCCCUCGUGAAGGCCUUGGAAUCUCGACCCACUGGAUCAUUGACUCUGGAUGGGGAACUGUAAGCGGCAUGCGAUUUGGUCUGGCUAAAGCACCGCAUUUCCGUACAGCAGUUCAUGAGCUUGGACAUGCUCUUGGUCUCCAGCACAAUACUAUCGAUUUAGGAUUCAUGAACACUAGCGAUGUGAUUGCUGCUGCUGGGACCGCAGCUAACCCGUUCCCCAAUAAUAUCAAAUGGUCCUUCGCCGAUAACGACCUGAAGCGUCUUCGUCACUGGCCAGACAUAUUUGUCCGCCCAGGGGGCGUUCCAUUCGGGGAUGCAAACGACUUUGUCCCUCUUCUAUCGCCUGAUGAUCGCGCACUGUCACUUGAUAUGCCCGAUCUGGGGCUCGUGAUUACUCCACUGCUCACUGAGGUUCCGCUCGGUGCACCAGUCCGCGUGGAGCUCAAACUCAGCAACAACAACAACAACACGGCAGUCCAAAUUCCAGCAAGAAUCGAUCUGAAAUCCACUUGCCUUCGUGGGGUGGUAAAAGAUCCAAAUGGAACACUACGCAGAUUCAGAUCGAUCAUUGGGUGCGUGGAUGAGCAGCAUGUGACUGACCUUGAACCCGGGAGGUCUGUCACCAAAUUCUUGACCCUGUUGCGUGGUGGUGAUGGACCUUUGUUUCCGAGCUCUGGUGUUUUUGAAAUUUCAGUGACUCUGCGCUGGGCUUUACCUUCCAACGGUGAGGCUGGCCCGUUGCCCGAGGCAGUUGUGCACGGGAGCACGACGGUGUUCAUUACUGGAGCAAACACUGAUGCUCAUGCUAACGCCGCCCAUAAAGUGCUCACCACGCCUGAUACUCAAUUGGUUCUGGCGCUUGGAGGCACUCAUCUUAGCUCUGGAAUUGCAGCCAUAGAGACCGCCAUUGGAGAUGGGGUGUUGAGGCCGCACUGGAGAGUGGUAAAUGCAAAGGCACUGGCUAAGGCAGGGGAUAAGGCUAAUGGUAGGCCGAUUUUAGAUGGCAACGAACAGUGUUUCAUGAGUCCUGGUGAACGGGAGAAGCUGGCUCGUCUUUUGGAAUAA